AGCAUCCAUCCCUCACUCUUCGGUCGUUUAUGGAUCCACCAUGGGCCGACUUAAGCACUGUGAGGGCUCACCGAGUCUCACAUCCUCGUUCUCAGCGCCCUCGCUUGACGCCCCAUUUCAUGCGGCGCGCAAGCCCCUCCCAACCUCACGGUGGGAAGCAGUCGGCCCCUUCCCCGCCGGCAUGCGCGAGCAUCCGCUCAUGACCUCGCCUCUAGCCGCAUUUUGCGGCCGCUUCUCUCCGUCGGGCCCACUCGCAGACCCCGAUAUUGCCUUCGCCCGAGCACCCUAUGGCGAGGGCGACUGGCCGAGCGAGCUUCCCACGGGCGGACGCGCCGGUUGGGCGAAUUUCGAGGAGAAGGAAGGCGUGGUCGAGAUCAUGUAUCCCGACGUGCGCUGGGGCCAGCUCCGCGCCGACCACGGCUGGGCUGCACUGCAGUAUUCCGCUCAGCUGCGGACGCGGAUCACAGUCCCCUCGGGCCAUGGUGCGCUGACGCGUCUCCUCGUGGACGCGACACAGGUCGUCGAGUACGCGUUUGUGGCGGCUUCUCAACAUGAGACGCCGAGGUGGUAUAAUGGCGACGUGUACGGCUUUGGCGGUACUCCCUCUGGUACGGCGUGUACCGAGGAGGGGGGGCCAUCCAACUAUGCCCGGUCAAUCGCCUUGCCUCCCGGAGAGUACGUCUUUCUUGCGCGCGUCCUGUACGAGUGCCGCAUGUUCGGUGAUACAGGCAAGCAUCCACCCGCCAUCAAGCUCGGGCUGCAUGUAUAUCUCGAUCGCACCCCUCUCCGGCCCCAUGCCACGGCCACCCUCCUACCUGGCCUCACCGUCGUUCCGGAUAUACUGAAUGGUUGGGCGAUGGGCCGCUGGAUGAGCGUCACUGUGCGUGUGGCUCCACUCAACUCGUCCGCAUCGACAGGUGCCCAAAACGGUACCGUUGAGGUGCAAGGAGCGGCGUUUGGCAACGGCCUGACCAUUGGCACCAGGAGGAGUGUGCGCAUUGUGCCCGGACAGACGCGCUCCAUCCCGCUGCUGAUUGCGCAGUUGGAGCCUUCGGACGCACGGGACAUUGAAGUCAUACUUACCUUCACCCAAGGCGAGAAGGAGUGGCAGAUGGAGACCCGUGUGCCACUCAAGCACGUCUUGUUGCGCGACAGCGUGCCAGUGACGAUGACGUUCCCUGUCUCCACUGAUUCCCCAUCUCUCGUCUCGGCCGCUGUCGUGCUCCCACCCGCAUGUCACAACUCAUCCUCCGAGGCCAACCUCCCGCCCGUUCUUCUCGCACUGCAUGGUGCUGGCGUUCCCACGCCAUCUGACGAAUGGAUUGAUGCCAUGCCCCGCCUGCCGGGGAUGUGGGCCGUUCUGCCCUCCGGCCGCACGGAAUGGGGGGAGGACUGGCAUGGCGGCAGCAUGAGCGAUGCCUGGGUAGCGCGCAACGCGCUGAGCUCGUUGCUCAGCCUUGUCGGCCACACUGUGUCCGACGAAACAGUGCUGAUCGGACAUAGCAACGGCGGGCAAGGUGUGUGGCACCUGGCGGCGCGAUAUCCCGACCGCGUUCGUGGUGUCAUCGCGGUGGCGGGCUAUACCAAGAUCCAAGACUAUGUGCCCUACACGGAGUCCACGGGCGCGCACUACGCGGACCCAGCGCUGCAAGGUAUUCUAUCCGCCGCCCUCGCGCCAUACAGCAACGACCUAUAUCUCUCCAACCUCGCGAGUAUUCCUGUGCUCGCGGUACAUGGCGCGGACGACGACAACGUUCCCCCGCGCCACGGCCGGGCACAGAUGGCUAUCCUGUCGGGGUUCCUUGGGGCGGCGUCCCCGACCGACGUGCGAUUCGUGGAGGUACCGCACGUCGGGCACAUGUGGGACGGCGUACUCCGCCAUCCGGCAAUCCUUGACUUCCUGAAGUGCCUCCCGCGCAGAAAGACCACCGAAGAGGUGCGUGCGGCUGGCUUCAUCCUAGCCACAGCCAACCCCGACGAAACAGGUGCCAAGGCCGGCAUCCGCAUCGCCGAGCUCGCCGUUCCGGGCCGCCUCGCGCGACUUGAAGUGAACGUGAGGGAACGGCACCAAUAUGAUCCGACACACUUCCAGCUGCACGGGACGAACGUGCGCAGCAUCGAUAUUGCGUAUCACGGCAGUGCAGUGACCCAAAGAUUCAAGUGGUCCAAGAGAACCAAGACCUUCGUCCAACUCCAACAAGCGACUGCGCUACGACCGGCGAGCACGACCCGCGCUUACGGUCCCUUGAUGCGGCUCCUCGACUCUCACGGCCCCCUGACUCUCGUCCUCGGAAGAGAGUGCAGUGAGCGCACGCGCGGCAUCGCGCGAGCGUACGCGCACGAUCUGCGCAUGUAUCACCGUCUGGACGCGGCGCUGAUGGACGACGAUGAGGCGCUGCGCGCCGUUGCGGAUCGCUCGAUCGGCGCGGGCAGCAUCGUCAUUCUCGGCGAGCCGACGGAGAACCGCUUCGCGGCAUGGAUGCUUGUCCAGGAUCACAUCCCCGUGUCGUUCCCUACAAGGGGGUUGCUGAUGAUCGAAGACCGCAUCGUCUGGGAGAGCGGCACGGGCAUCAUCACACUGUGUCCGCACCCGACAUAUGCCGCUGCGCUGGCCUGCCUGGUUGCGGGUACUGAUGAGCUCGGUCUCGAACUUGCAGCACGCCUCCUCCCCCUCCGCACGGGCGUGCCGGUGCCAGACUGGGCGGUUGUGUCGCCCCGCAUGAGGUGGAUGGCGGCCGGGGGCUUGAUUGGUGCGGGAUUCUGGGGGCCGGACUGGGGAUGGAGUGAGAGCAUGAGUUGGAUGGACCGGGAGUAGGUUAAGACGGGUUAGAGAGUUGUACUAUCUGAGGUGAACUGAAAGCGAG